AAAAGCAGAGACGAAAUUCAUUAUGUUUGCAAUUCUAGCAGUUUCUGAUCAAUCUGAAAGCUUUUUGUCUACAUGUUCGUAACCUAUCAUUAAAUUCAUAAUACCUAAUCAUUAAAAAUGUUUAAGCAAAAGUUUUCUCCAAAUUAUAUUAGAUUGAUUUCCCAUUUUCACAUUGACUCAUUCAAUUUUGUGAUCAGAAAAGGUCUGAGCUCCAUGUGCUUGGACUUAGAUCCACUUUAUACUGAUACAGACAUACCGGUUAAGAUAUCAAUAUCUAAUGCAGAAAUGACACAGCUGGAUCUUCCAAUGGAUGGGAGAAGAAACAAGAGGACUGUUUACCCAUCAGAAGCCAGGAUUCGAAAGUGGACCUACUAUGCUCAGCUGAAAUUGCAAUUGAAGUUUCAGAUUGGCGAAGAGAUAGAAUAUGCAGAAAGGGUGUUUUAUGCACCUUUAAUGCUAAAAUCUGACCUUUGCUAUUUGAGUGUUAUGAAUGAUGAGCAGCUUGAAAAAGUUAAAGAAGAUUGCAAUGAUCCAGGAGGAUACUUCAUUAUUAACGGAACAGAACGAAUGAUGUAUUUGUUCCUUGUUCCAAAACGAAACUACAACAUGACUAUUCAUUUUGUCAAUGAUAGCACUUAUGAAGUGCGAUUCUUUUACAAAAGGAGAUCGUACUGUGUUCCAUUUAUGCUUUUGGUUAGAGCAUUAGUUGCUGAAACAGAUCUUUCUGUUGUAGAAAGCAUUUUACAUUUUGUCAACGACAUCAGUUUCAAACAGUCCUUAGUUCAGAUGCUUAGAAAUCUGCAUUCCAAUAGCAUACAUUCUCAAAGAGAUGCUAAGAAUUUUAUGGGACAACUUUUCCUAAAAGUAUCUCAGUUGCCAUCCAUUACUCCAUUAAAUGAAGUUGCUGAUCAUGUAUUGCACUUUUGUGUUUCGAAAUUAUUCUGCUUUGUGCACCAAAAAUGCAUCAUAGAAGAUCCAGAAAAUAUUGUUUAUCAAGAAAUUUUAUCGCCCGGUCAAAUAUACCUAAUUAUUAUGAAAGAAGGAAUUAAUUUCUUUCUGAAUUCUGUCAAGCGUGUUAUGUUGCGGAAAAUGAAAGACAGUUCCUUCAAAUUUAACAGAGAUACAGUUCAUCGUUGCUGCAAUCAAGCAAUCUCAUUUUCUGCUAUGGUAAAGUCCAUGAUUGCCACAGGAAACAUCCCUGCAAAAGCCCACGGCUUUUAUUCUGAUACCGGCUAUACUGUGCCUUUAAAAAGGAGGAAUGUUCUUUCAGUGAUAUCACAAUAUACACGAGUAUCAAAAUUUUCAAUGGAGUUUUGCUCAAAAAAUGCAAGGAAAUUUUAUGCUGAGUCCUGGGGUUUUUUAUGUCCAGCACAGACACCUGAAGGAGAAAAAUGUGGACUUGUUAAUCAUUUAGCUUCUGGGUGUCAGAUUGUGAGCAUGAAUGCCAAAAGUAUUGAGUGGACAUCAUUUUACAAGAAAGGAGUCUUGAAAUUAAAUGACCCAAUGCUGUUUAAAAAUGUUUCCAAUAUUCCUGUCAUUGUGGAUGGUACCCUCAUAGGCUUUAUAGAUCAUUGCAUUGUCAAUAAAUUCAUCAAUUACCUAAACUGCUCGAAAAUUUUCUGUAUAGAUGAAAUUCCCAGUUAUUCUGAAGUAUUAUUUCUGUCAAAAGACAACUGUGGCUCUGCAUUACCAGCCCUUUAUGUGUAUUCAUCUCCAUGUAGAAUCAUGCGAAUUGUAAAAAAUAAAGAGCCUGAAAGAAUUUUUCUACUUGGAUGCUUUGAACAGCAGUUCAAUGAAUUACUCUCCUACGAAGAAGUGAAUAGUCACUGCUUUCUGGGUCUGUCUGCCUGUUUCAUGCCCUUUUCAGAAUAUAAUCCUGGAGUACGGAACAUUUUCUCUUGUGUGAGCUUAUUCGACCCAAUGAACUCCAAUGAUGAGAAAAGUGUCCAAGGGAUAAGCGUUCCUUUUAUUAACUGGAGUUCAAGAACUGAUGUUGAAGCAUCUUUUCUUAUUAACUAUCAGGCACCACUUGUCAGUUCAAGCAUAGCAGAAAGUUACGGUAUUGAUUCCUAUCCACUUGGGACCAAUGUACAUAUAGCCAUUUUGUCUUAUACGGGUUUCGAUAUGGAAGAUGCUAUUGUGUUAAACAAAAGUUGCAUAGAACGAGGUCUUAUGAGGCAUAUUACAAACAGAACAGUCUCUUUCAGCUUUGAUGAUUUGGCUUUGGAACUUAAAUCUAGUAAAGUUGGAAAUGUGAUUCUUUUGCGUGAUUCUAGUAACCAGAAUUUGGAAAACUUUUUAGAUAUCCAUGGACUUCCAUACAUUGGAAGGUUGAUUUCAAGAGGGGAUCCAAUUUUGAGUGCCUAUUCUACAGAAACUAGGACAUUUGUAAUAAAAACUUAUGAGAUAUCUUCUCCAGCAUAUGUGCAAUCUGUUAGAGUAAUGGAUGUUGUUCCUAGUAACAUAUUGCCCAAACAAGAAAAGAAGGUUUCAGUCACUUUCACUUCUGUGGCAGUUCCAGAAAUUGGCGAUAAAUUUAGCAACAGGCAUGCACAGAAAGGCAUUUGUAGUUAUUUGAUGCCACAUGAAGAUCUGCCAUUCACAGAAGAUGGAUUAGUGCCUGAUUUAAUAUUCAAUCCUCAUGGAAUGCCUUCAAGAAUGUCUAUAGGCAUGUAUUUUGAGAUGAUGGCUUCAAAAUCUGCAUCAGUAAAAGGGUCUAAAUAUAUCUUUGAACCUUUUAAGUAUUCAACAAGUUCUAAGCUGCAGGGAAACUUUUCUUUUUCAGACGGUUUCGAGUAUUAUGGUACAGAAAAACUCUAUAGUGGUACUUCGGGAGAAGUAUUAGAAGCUGAAGUAUUUUGUGGUUUUGUUUACUGUCUGAGACUUCAUCAUCUUGUUGAGCAGAAAUACCAAGUUCGAUCAAUUGGACCUACUGAAGAACACACUCAACAGCCUCUGUACGAGAGCCGAUCAGGUGCUAUAAGAGUCGGCGAAAUGGAAAAGGAUGCCAUUUUGUCACAUGGUUCUUCCGAGUUGAUAGCUGAUCGUCUUCUACAUAAUUCUGAUAAAUGUACAGCUUUUAUAUGCUCCAGGUGCAAACAGAUAUUGUUUCCAGUAUUACAGCAUAUUCUACAAGAAAGUGUUUCACAUUUAGAAAAAAACGACUUUUGUAAAAUGUGCCGUUUGCGUAGCACAGUUAAAGUUGAAGUGCCAUAUGUAUUGAUGUAUUUAAUAGCUGAACUCUGUGUUCUGGGUAUCAAAAUUAAAUUUUCCAUAUGAAAUACCCAAAAGAACUUUCACGGUAGAAUCUCACCCAAGAAAGAGCCGAUAUUGGUGUAGCGCACAGGCGGACACAUUGCCACCAUUUUAAAUUUGGGUUAGAAUGUAACCGAAAGUUAUUUCUGAGCUUAGCAUCUUUUUCUUUAUUUUCUUCUCAUUCUACAAUAUUUGAACUCACUUAA